AUGUCGAAAGGCGACGGUGAACAGCAGAAUGGCUCCGGCGAGGAGUCCAAGACCAACCUGAUCAUCAACUAUCUGCCGCAGAGCAUGACCCAGGAGGAGAUACGGAGUCUUUUCUCCAGCAUCGGUGAAGUGGAGUCCUGCAAGCUGAUACGGAAUAAGGGUGCGGCGUUCCCGGACGCCCUGAAUCAUGCAUUGCACGGUGGAGGACAAAGCCUGGGAUACGCUUUCGUCAACUAUCAUCGCCCAGAAGACGCCGAAAAGGCUAUCGCGACUCUCAAUGGCCUUCGGCUCCAGAACAAAACUAUCAAGGUAUCGUACGCGCGGCCGAGCAGCGAGGCUAUCAAGGGCGCAAACUUGUACGUCUCAGGACUACCAAAAACAAUGACUCAAUCUGAAUUAGAGCGGCUUUUCAGUCCGUACGGCAGAAUAAUUACUUCGAGAAUACUCUGCGAGAAUUCUGGCGGAAGACCUUUCAAUGGUGGGGAGCAAGGCCUAUCCAAAGGCGUCGGGUUCAUUCGCUUCGACCAGCGCGUCGAAGCCGAACGGGCUAUUCAAGAGUUGAAUGGGACAGUGCCUAAAGGAGCGUCAGAACCGAUCACAGUGAAAUUCGCUAACAAUCCAAGCAACAACGGGAAGGCUCUGGCUCCGUUAGCGGCCUACCUGCCGGCGGCCCUGCGUUUCCCCAACCCUCUCGGACGAUUCAGCUCAGGCAAGUCCUUACUAGCUAUUAAUAAAGGUCUCCAGCGCUACAGUCCCUUGGCGGGCGAGCUACUUGGCGGGGUGUUGCCAGGCGCCGUCGGCUCAGAAUGGUGCAUUUUUGUUUACAAUCUAGCUCCGGAAACCGAGGAGAACGUACUCUGGCAACUGUUUGGACCCUUCGGUGCCGUCCAGAGCGUGAAGGUGAUUCGCGACCUCCAAACGAACAAGUGCAAGGGCUAUGGAUUUAUCACCAUGACAAAUUACGACGAAGCGGUUGUGGCCAUACAAUCGUUGAACGGAUAUACGCUCGGAAACAGAGUCCUGCAGGUCAGUUUCAAGACGAAUAAAAUCAAGACGAUCUAA